UUCCUUACAUUCGGCAAAAUCGAUAUGGUAUCUCAUAAUCGGGGACUUUCCUCUAUCAUUUUGUAAAAAAGAGGCAAAUAAAAACCUAGUUAUUAGCGUUUCUUUAAAACAUGGAUUAAAUAUUUCGUCGAUAAUAAAAAUAAAAAAUUAAAAUUUAUAAAGUACAUAACAUACUUUUGUAGAAAGGAGACAAAUAAAAACCUAGUUAUUUUUAUCAGCGUUUCUGGCAUUUGAAACAUGUAGAUUAAAUAUUUCGUCGUUUCGUAAAAAAGAAAGAAAAGAUGGAUGAAACGAUGGGGUUUUUCCGAACGCGGCAUCAGCGUGACAAACCGCGCGAAAACGAUAAAUCGGGGCAUAACGUUAUUGAUCCAGCGAGGCGCCUCGGAGCGUUGUGUGUUCGAAUCGCGAUCAGCUGUGACAACAUGGCGGGCACGCCGUCUAUCACUCGGCCGAUUUAAAUUAAGACACCGGGCGCGUCCAGAAACGGAGUCGCACAGUUAUUUGCGCUCGCUGGCCGCGUAAACGACUACGGUGCGAGCCGGCUGGAUCUUAGACAGACGCGCAAGCGGGAGACAAAGAGAGAGAGAGAGAGAGAGAGAGAGAGAGAGCGCGUGCUGGUCCCUCAACAAUCCCGUCGCGCAGAUUGUACGCUCGGUUGCCCGAUCAUGCGUAAACGCAGAACGACUGUCCCUACUGUCACUGCUCGCCCUACGAUAGCUCCGUUAUGAAUUAAUUAUUCGGUCGUAGCAUUCUUUCGCUGCAAGAUCCAUAUCUGCUAUAAGUAAAAUAUCGUGCCCGUUCAGCGGAAAUUAUUGACGACCAAAGCGUGUGCGACGCACGGGGCAAAUUCAAGAGAACGAGUUGCGAGUCGAGAGCGAUAUUUUCGAGCGAGUCCUAUUGCUUGACGUUGGAUCAUCAGCGCAAAGCUGCAUCGCUGAUAUGUAGCUGAAGACUUGCUGCAACACCGCGUGUUAUCAACAUCACGUUACAACACCGCACUCGAUGGCAAAACUAUCAGAAACAUCGUUCGUCGCAGUUUGAGCCAAGACUGCCGAUCGGCCCGACAAUUUCAGGAGGAAACGACCAAUCAACCGACAAACAAUCAAUUUCUACUGGCUUCUUUACACGCCGCAUCCGGCCCCCGAGGUUUGACGUCGCCUGCCGCCACGUAAUAUUUCAACCGAAUGCGCGCGCCCGAGGAUUGCGAAAUCGCUACUGCAUAUCGCCUUUUCGUAGGGGAACCGGAAACCAAACCGCCGCAAACCCGAUGUGACUUGACUUGAAUCGCGACCGACGAUUCGACGAUUAAAGGGGAAGCUUACACUUUAAGAAGAUCGUUGUACUGAUUUAUCACGCUGCGCUUUAGCGUCGUUUAAAGUUCAGCGUUCGGCAAACAGAGGCCUGACAAGAGAGCUGCUUUAAAUCUUCGCGCAGCCGUGACAGCUUGAGUGACAGAACGGGCGUUAUCUCUACCGUUCUCCCAGAAAUUAUAUCUCGCUCAUUUGUGCGCGCGUGCACCGGCGUUUCUAUAAAGUCUCCUCCGUGAGGUCUCUAAUCGGUUUUCCCGUGACGACUACUCUAGCUACUUCAGAACCGAAUCGUCGCAAUCAGCAGUGCCAUUUACAGAGACUUUCAAGAAUAUUCUAAAGCGAACGAAAUUUGUGUUCCGGACGAAUCGUGAAAUUUAUUGAUCAUAGAUUUGUAAAUAAGAGAAAAAGGAGUAGAAAACAGAAUACACGGGUGUGCUACAAAGAAACGUCGGAGCUGGCAAGCAAAAUGAUAAACAAUCAGCAUUGUGUGAUCCUCAACACUGGCGAGACCAAUAAUUAUCAUCAACCAGCCUCGGCCAAGCCCUCUGUUGUCUCGGUGUCGAGUAUCGACUCCGAUGUUAGCGAUAGGAGGGACGUACGGGAAGAACUGUACGCCGGCAUCUUUAGGAGGCACAGGAAAACUAUAUUGGUAUUAGGCAGUUUUCUCAAAAUCAUCUUUUUUGUUUUGCAGAAAUAUUUGGACAGAUUGCACGCUCUAAGCCGAGUAUACGCCUUACUUGCUUUAAAAUUUGAGAGCAAUCCAAAAUUUUCGUAAAAGCGUUCUAUUUUUCUACACAUUUUGUCCAGUAAAGGACACUUGCAACUCGAAGUUUACUAAUUUCACUAUAAUUUAUCUCAUAUAUAUUUUAUGUUAAAAUAGGACGUCUAUAUUUUUACGUCUUUAGAAACGGUGUAAGGUUCUUUGUCCUUUGAAAUUAUUGAGUUUUCAAACAAUUAUGCACUUUUUAAUAUUGCCGAUAUAAUCUUACAAUUAGAAGAACCCAAGUCGACAUUUUAAUGUAUACUGCAAUUACUGUCUGUGUUAUUGUUAACGAGCUUAAUAUUUAUCAGACCGAGAGAUAUAUAUAAUAUAUAUAUAUACAUAUAACUGUGAAGAGGCAUAUAUAACAGAAGAAAUAUUGUUUAUCAACAGUAUAAGUUUGUAUAAUAAAUAUGGACUAACGCGAAUAUAUCAAAUCAUUAUUAUUUAUUACCUUAAUAUUUUCACGACUUUCUCUGAUUAAUCAUUAAUUACCACCAUUUGUUUUCUAAUCACUCUUGGUCCAUAUCUAAAAUUGUUUUUAUUGUACGAUUUGUCUUUGUACCAAAUACUGCCAUUAGAGGGUAAAUCACGAUAACGAUAGACGCAAAUAGUAAGCAGCUUGGAGAGCAAUUGUGCGUUUAACAAUUUCCUACCGGCAUAAACCUGAACGAAAAUUUUCUAAAAACGAAUUCGCGUGACGUCGAAUACGUGUCUCUGUACUUGGCCGAAUCACGCGUGUCGUAAGACUGAAAAUGUGCUCUUUUGGAACGUCGCACGUGCUCGUAUUAUUUUAGAGGAAGCAUCGAGCGGAAAGGAGGGCGAGAACUUCUCAUGUACUUAUGGAUUUCUAAAUUGCCGUUUUAUCGGAGCAUGUAUAACGCACACGCGAAGCAUGUAUCAAUGUGUACUGUAAUUCAUAACGACGGCACAUUGUAAACGUAUUCUGUGCCUGCGUCAGACGUGGUCGAAUCGGAGAAAUUAUCUGUUCUCGGGACAAUUGGACGAAUCGGAAGAUGAAGUGGCUGGACGUCCGGACAUGGAGAUGAAUCGAAGGAUGUAUCAUUUGCGUGAAUGCUGCACUGUACAACGUAUCGUUAUGUAUGUAUCGCGAUAAAUAAGACUUUAGUAAGCUUUAAAGGUUCUUUGGAAUUUUAAGACUAACAAAUGCGACUAGCGUAUGAUAGUUUCCACGAUUUGACGAAGGAAACAUUGCGCGCCUUACAAAAACCGCUUGCGACCAAUUUUUAAGUAGAGCGAAAAUUUUUAUAUUGGUAUAGCUUCAUCGGAUUGCUUGCAUAUAUCUUUAAGUAUCGCUACGACGACGAGACGGACGUUGUUCUCGCAACGUCAACUGCGAGACGAGAUUUUAAAUGAUAAGGAAAAGAAAAGGAUUAUAAGAGAUACUUUUUCUGUAAUAUCUUGAUUGUCGUGAUUCUACAUGAUUUUUGUAACAAGCUACGUUUCUAAAUGCGUUAGUGUGUUUUAGACGAGGAGAAAUUUAUAUUAUCACUUUGUAUCACGCGAGAGAGAGAGAGAGAGAGAGAGAGAAAGAGAAGAAUGUGUACGUCAAACACACAAUAAAGUAUUCAUAUUCCAUUUAA